AUGUCCAAGAUGGGCGUGGGGCGAAGACCGAGACCGCAAGCUGUUCGCCCCCAGGAAGGGCCAAAGCUAGCGAAAGUGUGGCAGCUACCAUCUGCAGAAGACAUUGCCUUUUCUCCCCGACCCUUGGCGAUUCAGGUGGAUCUUCCGCAGCCGGAUCAUGUCUAUAUUCAGGAGGCUGAUGCACUGCGCUACAACUAUCCUGAAGUCACUUGGAUCCGCGCGGGAAAGCCUGACAAGGUCUGCUUAGGGUCUCGCAGCAGGCAAAGUGACUGGGAACGUUUUCGAUCCACUUGCCCCGCAAUCUUGGAUGCUGCCGAACAGCUUAUCGCCUCCUUUCCGGGUCAGUCGGUGGAGGUGACCUUCGGCGACGUGCUGGACUAUCAAGAGGGACAUCUGUUGGGUUGGCAUCAGGAUAACAUGGACCUACAAAGGCAUUUAUUCACGGUGGUCCUGACCCUGUCAUCCUCUGGGGAUGGCCGAUGUGAGUGGCGCGAGAUCGCUUCAGAUGGGGGUCGCCUAGAA